AUGGGUUUCAAACAAUACCGUGUCAAAGACCCUUAUGGGUUGAACAAUCGUGGACAGCGAUCGGCUUGGACAGUGGUCGGCUUAAUAUGCUCCUCGCCGAAGGCAUUUGCCUGCGGUCAUUCUCACAUUGGUCCCCAAAUGCAUGGUCUUCAGGUGUGUUCGAUCGAUGGAUAUGUCUUGCAAGGCACCUCUCCUCAUAGCGCGAGCUUGACACCCCCUCAUACCAACACCACUGGCUAUACGGACAUUGCUGGAUAUGCUAACAUGAGCCCUUUUGGCAAGGUACAUCCGAGUCCGCUUUCCGAGGCGGCACUGGGCUUGUCUUCCGCAUCAAAAAUGAUUCUCGAUCAAGUGGAUCGCGACGAAGCGGUAUCAAUGUGCCAGCUUUAUAUCCGAUUAUUCAGAGACGAAGAGCUUUUGGAGGAGACUCGGGAUGAACAUCGCCUCGGAAACAGAUAA